AUGAUCCGACAACCCAGUAGUGUGAUUGUGGCUGGCCCGUCGGGCAGCGGCAAGAGCAAAUUGGUUGAACAAUGGUUACGGUACCUCAACGUGUUUCAAGUCAAACCGAAAAAGAUCGUCUAUGCGUACGACCGAUGGCAGCCCCGGUUCGACCGUAUGCAAAAAAGAGAUGGCAUUCAGUUUCAUCGCGGGUUACCGGACCCCGGUCAUUUUACCAAAUGGUUUGGUCCGACACGCGGAGGAGUCUUGGUCUUGGACGAUCUGAUGGAAGAAGGGGGACAGGAGAAACGCGAGUUGGAUUUGUUCACUAAAGAUUCCCAUCAUCGCAACAUCACCGUGCUGUAUUUGACGCAAGAUUUAUUCCCCCCUGGCAAAUUCUCCACGACAAUCAAUUUCAAUGCCCAUUACAUCGUGGCGUUCAAAAACCCCUGGGAUCAAACGGGCAUACGCACCAUUUUACUGCAAGCCUUUCCCGACCGAUGGCGUCAAGUCUUACGCCUAUUUAAACACGUCACGUCGCGCCCCUUUGGCUAUUUGAUUUUGGAUGUGCAUCCUGUCUCGGAUGAUCGCUACCGAUUGUGGAGUCAUUUAACGCCCCGAGAAGGCAGAGCGCAAGUCCACACCGUGCCUGUGGAUGUCCCUGCCGUUCGAAAACGCGCUGCAACGAGAACGCGAACGUCAACGUCGGCAAAGAGAAGGCGGACAACAUACUGACUUAUCGGCCCGCAUGGACACCCCGACCCUCUCGCCCGCCGGCGUGGGCUCCCCCACGGCACCACCUUCCUCCGUGGAUCUCAGCAGCAUGACGGACAUGGUGACCGAAUUGACCCGACCGGUCGAUCGAGCCCAAUUGGAUCAAGAGAUUGAGGAUUUCAGUCUGACCUACCCAGUCAAUGUGGACGAUGCGGUGAAUCUCUUCAGUCUAUCGCCUGUGGUAGGCACCGGCACCGCCCCAACGACCACCACGGCACCUCCCAUCACCACCGCUACUCAAACCCGACCCGUCACGUCCACCCGAACACGCCCUACGACCACCAUCAGCCGACCUCGACCCAUUAUGUCCACCCGAACACGUCCUGUCACCACCGCCCCAACGCGCCCCCUCACCGCUCGCCCUAGCGCGGGUGCAGGGACAAGGACCACCACCUCGGCGGUGACGACCCCCAGUGGACGUCCCAGACUCGCCGCCAAACAACCGCGACGACGUCCCCGGAUGCCCUCUCCCCCCUCGCCCGAUUCUUCCCCUCCUCCGUCAGAUGACGAUGGUGAUGAUGACGACGAGGAUCGACGGCGGGGAUUAAGGCGACGGUUGGAUUUGCUGAAUGAAGAUGCUCAACAACGUGCUCGAGGCAGGCGUAUUCGAAAUAUUACGCAUACCAAUACAGUGACCACGGUCUACGAAGAAGGGGGAAGGCGACCUUCUGUGCGCCGCACUUCCACCCGAACGUCCAGCCCAAGUCCGCCACCAUCACCACCACCACCACGCCGAGGACGUGGCCGUGGCCGUGGACGUGGACGUGGUCGACGCCCGUGAAAAAAAGAUAUAAAAACAGCUUCCUCUAUCCAACCGUCCUAGUACCAUCUGUGGCCGAUGUGGAAGCGCUAUGGCCCCUAAACGCAAACGCACCACGACCCGACGUCGCAAACCCGCCAAACGACAACGGCGUAUGACCUAUGGUCAAGUAGGGGGUGUCUCGCCGGGUCUCAUUGUAGGGAUUGGAAAAGCCGGCUAUGGGAUCACCAAAGCCUUGGGGGAUCAUCAAACCAAGCGAGCCAUCAAAAUUGCCGAAAAACGCCGACGUGAAGUGGAACAAGGCAAACGAAAACGCUAUGCGAGUGAAUCGUUCAAUUGUUCUAUCAUGUGAAAACGUAUAAAAAGACCUUCGUGGGCCUGGACAAGGGUUAGUUGGAAGAUGGUCCGUGGACCCAAUGGACGCCGACAUCGGUAUGUCCCCCGAAUACGACGCCAGCGACAUGUAUUGCAACGUGGAGGCGUGCUACCCAUGUUGGCGAUGGCUCUUUCGCCUUGGGCGUUCAAGAAGAAACGCCAACGGCGGGCGCGCUUAUGUUAACGUGACCUAUCCCAAGAAAAAAAAAAAAAGCCGUCACGUUUGCUCUGGACUGGGACGAAUGGUAUGAAACGGCCCUGUGUCCACGGUGUCGAGAUCACAUGAAAAGCAUUAUCAUGGCGAACUGUGUGGCAGGUGUGGGGCGAUUUUAACCAUAAAUAGACCUUGGUCGUUGCCUGAACUCACGAUCCAUCAUAGAGUGGCGCAUGGAACGUCAAGCCCCGUUCUUGAAAAGCGUCUUACAAGAAGCGAAUCAGCAUAAACGACAAGAAUUGUUACGGAUGGCCAAUGCGGAUUAAAUCAAUGUCAUCAGUGAAUUGGUCAUGAACACGCUCCGUGGCACGGUGCCCCGUUCUCGACACAUGAUUACGUUGCUCAAACCCCAUGCGCAGAGCUUACGCGCCAUGGCCAAACCCGCGCAUUCGGUCAAA